AUGCACUAUAGUGGAAUAUUGUUACCGUAUUAUGUCAAUGUUGUUACCGUAAUCUACGUCCUGAUCGAUGCAAAUGUGAACGUUUCUGUGUUCGAGACCAAUAUUCGUGUUGUGGGUGGAUUGUUGAGUGCGCAUUUGCUGUCCGGUAGAGUGGACGGUAUACAACUAGAACCAGGCUGGCCUUGUUCAGGUCCGUUGUUACGGCUUGCCGAAAGAUUCGCUCAAAAAUUAUUGCCAGCCUUCAAUACAUAUACGGGAAUGCCUUUUGGUACUGUCAAUUUGAGGUAUGGUGUUCAUUAUUAUGAGACACCAAUAACGUGUACAGCGGGUGUGGGCACGAUGCUGUUGGAGUUCGGUUCGUUGUCGAGAAUUACUGGUGAGUUCGAGAUUUUGUUUUUGGGCAAUCCCAUUUAUGAACGUGUGGCACUGAAAGCAUUGGAUGCUUUAUGGAAGUCACGCUCGCGACUUGGUCUGGUUGGAAAUCAUAUAAACGUUCAAACGGGUGUGUGGACGGCAACAGACGCAGGCAUAGGUGCAGGCGUCGACUCAUACUUCGAAUAUCUAGCCAAAGGAGCGUUACUGUUCCAACGACCACGUCUCAUGCAUCAGUUCAAUCAAUACGUCAAAUCGAUGAACAAACACAUGCGUAAAGACGAUUGGUUCAUGUGGGUGUCAAUGGCCAAAGGUCAAGUAUCACUGCCCAUAUUCCAGUCGCUCGAAGCCUUCUGGCCUGGCAUACUGGCGCUGACUGGCAAUUUAGAGGAUGCCCAACGGGUGAUCUAUCAGUACAGUCAAAUCAUUAAACAAUAUGGCUUUCCACCUGAAUUUUACAAUAUUCCAAGUCAAGAAGCGGCAAUUCAACACAGCUGUCGGACGUCGUGUGGUUUUGCGACUGUUGAGAAUGUUAAUGAUCAUACAGUUGAGGACAGAAUGGAAUCGUUCUUCCUCGCCGAAACCACCAAAUAUUUGUAUUUGCUGUUCGACGAAGACAAUUUCAUGAAUAACGAUGGAACUACAUCGAGGGUGGUUGAGACUUUGAAUGGACCGUGCAUUCUCGAUGCUGGUGGAUACAUCUUCAACACAGAGGCACACCCGAUCGAUCCUGCAGCCAUUUACUGCUGCAGUGCUAAGCGUUCCAAAGAUAUCGAGAUAUUGAGACGCUUCGAAGACUCGAUCAAAUUCAGUGAUUUGUUCGAUUUGACUGAUCCGUUCGUCAAACAAAAUCGUUUCUUCGAUAAGACUGAUUUAGCAUCGGAAACGAUCGACUUGUUGAAAGAUGAGGAGAUGGAUGAUUCGGAAGACUACGACGACUCGAUGUGGUCUGAGGAUGAGGAUACAAUCGAGGCUGAAGUGGAGCAUACAUCUAGCGGUUCUGAAGCUGGGAUGAAGUCUGAUUCUGGAGGUGAUCCGAGGACGCGUACUGACCAUCAGAAUGUCCAGAAGGUGGUCACAGCGAAUUCAGCCGAGAGCUCAUCUGAUGAGUUCUUUCAAAUGAUUGACUCGCAAGAAGACACUCGGAAAGAUUCAUCGCAAACCGAAAAGAUCAGACAUCUGCUAGAACAGGCGAGGAAGUAUGAUGAACGAAUCGAGAUGAAGGAACGCCGAAAAUCGAACCUGGCCAAGAAACUGUUGGAUGCGCUGAAGGCAAUGGACAGCGAUAUUAAAUCGGUUUUGAGCGCCUCAAAACAUUUUAAGAAUAUCGACAAUUUGGAGAAGCAGAAACGAAUCAGUGAGAUGUUCAUUCCGAUUGUGGAAUGUCAGAAUUGCUGUGUUGUGGUCGAUCAACGCUUCGAUUCGUUCGCUUUUAAGCGUUUCAUCGCUCUUAUCCACAGCAAUUAUUUAUAUCCUCAGCACAACAUUCCGACUAUCGAUGGUCCGAUUUGUAGAGUCGAUGAAGAGCCUUCAAUUGAGGACGAAUAUAGUAAUGAAUGGCCGGAUGUAUCCGAUAUCGAUACUUCGCAAGUGUUUGACGCAGUUGACGAAAUCCAUUUUGGAUCAAUACGAUAUCGAUCGCUUACCGCUCAACAUUACGAGUUGUUAUCUUCGGAACCGUUAUCGUUCUGGUCUCUAUUCACUGGUCUUGGUCAGCAUUCGUCGAGAAGUGUUCAUGCGUUCAGACGCUGUCAGGCUUUUCACAGUUACAAGGUGGAGGCUAUGGUGAUCCGUCGAAGUCAUCUCAUCGCAUCCACUCUUAGCAUCCACACAGAUUACAGCACUGAAAAGUANAUGAACAAUCGCUUUGUGGUGCUGCGUGACGCUUACGGUAGCGUACAAAUACGAAUCCCUGAAAUGCGUCAAGAUCUGAUGAAAUUAGUGGAUGAAGCGAACUAUGAGUGUGUGCUGAAAGUGAGUGGUACGGUAGCAGAUCGAGGUGCGGCCAAUCGAAAUGCAAAUAUGAAAACUGGUGAUGUUGAGGUGUUAGUGGAUGACUUGCAAAUAGUGAACAAUGCACCCAAACAACUACCAUACUCAUCUCGUUCUGAGAGCGAAUCGCUCGAUAAGACUCGUCUUCGAUAUCGCUAUCUGCAUCUGCGCACUGAGCGUAUGCAGAAGGCAUUGAGAUUGCGAUCUGAAGUGACCAAUUCAAUGCGAAAAUUUCUUCACGAAGAAGUGAAUUUCGUUGAGGUGGAAACGCCGACGUUGUUUCGUCGUACUCCGGGUGGUGCGAACGAGUUCAUCGUGCCCGCACCGAAACCGAAUCUAGGCAAAUUCUAUUCGCUGCCACAAAGUCCACAGCAGUUCAAACAGUUGCUUAUGUGCGGCGGGCUGGAUCGAUACUUUCAAGUGGCUCGUUGCUACCGAGAUGAAGGUUCGAAACUUGAUCGACAACCUGAAUUCACACAGAUCGAUGUGGAGCUGUCGUUCACCACUCAGAACGGCGUUAUGCAACUCAUUGAAGAUCUUAUCUUAGCAUCAUGGCCAAACCACUUGGAACAAAUGAAACCGUGUGCACCAUUCAAACGUAUGUCAUUCGCCGAGGCGGAUCGUUUGUAUGGUAUCGAUAAGCCAGAUCUACGUAUUCCAUGGACUAUCGCUGACUGUAGUGAGCAUUUGGCGUUUUUAAAGAGUGACACGAUAAAGAAAUUUGUUGCGAGGUUGUUCGUAGCAAAGGGGAUGGCGACGAGAAUAACAAGAAGACUUAGAUCGGAAUGGAAACGAAUCAUAUUCAUGAAUCAAAGGGCACAGAAAUUCGAUCUCUUCACCUCCUCACGAAAGCAGUGGUUCAAGCAAAUUUCCAACUCACAACUCAUGCAAGCAUACGAUAUCGAUGAAUCGGAUGCAGUCGUUAUAUGUUGGGGUGAAGAGGUGAAUGUGCAGUGGACAUUGGGUCAGUUACGACACUUGAUAGCCAAUCAGAUGGGUCUGAGAUCGAAGGCAGCGUUCAGCUUCGUGUGGAUCACCGACUUUCCGUUGUUUGUUCGAAACGAGCUGGAAGCUGGUCGGCUCGAGAGUGCACACCAUCCGUUCACAGCACCGAUUCGCGAGCACGAGCAUUUGCUGUACGAUGCAAAUCAAUUGCUCAAUAUCAAGGCGCAGCAUUACGACUUGGUGUUGAAUGGUGUUGAACUGGGUGGUGGUUCGAUUCGUAUUCAUAAUGCAGAUAUGCAAAGAUAUGUCAUCGAGAAGAUUUUGGGCGAAUCUGCCGAAAAUUUGAAUCAUCUACUGGAAGCACUCUCGUAUGGUGCUCCACCACACGGUGGAUUUGCAAUAGGACUGGAUCGUUAUAUAGCAUUGUUGAUGGGUGAGGGUGAUACGAGCACUGCGAUACGUGACGUGAUCGCAUUCCCGAAGAGUAAAGAAGGUCGAGACUUGAUGUCCGACUGUCCAGCUGAGCCACUCUGCGAGCAGCUUGAACGGUAUGGCAUUUCGGUGAGAAAGGACUUAAAUGCAGAACAACAACAACAAGAAGGAGAAAAAGAAAAAGACGUGAUGCCGAAUUCAUAA